AUCCACCAUGUCUACAACUUCACAAAAGCCAUGGCCGCCCUCCGCUAUAGAUGCGGCCUCGCACGGCGCGAUCGCAUUUACUACCAUCUACUACGAGGCGUACGAUGAGCCCACGCGGCGAAGUGUUGAAAUUCCCCAGUUCUACCUCCCCUCCGCCAAAGUCAUCUGGAACGGCAAUACAGUCGCCGCUGAUCCCGCCUCCAUGGCCGCCUUUCUUGACGCCAUGCCGCUCAGUCGACACAACCCGCAGACACUCGAUUGCCACCCGCUCAAGCCCCUUCCAUCCGCAACGGCGACCGCGCCCGAACUUCUCAUCACUAUCACGGGCAGCGUGCUUCACGGACCAACCGUGAUGCAGUAUGGCGACCACGCGCCGACGCAGCCGAGCGAGUAUCCGCGAAAGUAUCGCGAGGUGUUUGUGCUCCGGGCGAUUGAGAGCGCAGAAGGCAUGCAGCCCAAGUACGCGAUCCAGAGCGCCAACUUCCGGUUUAUCGGGUAA